UCCAUCAUCAUCAACCUAAGCAACAACAAUAUGAUGGAAAGGCUAAAGAGCAGUGCAGAGAAGCUAUCUUCGUCAGAUGCUUCGAUCCAGGAGAACUGUCUGCGAUACCUCAUCAAUGGAUCAGCCGACAGCUCGAUCCAGGUAUUACUAUUCUCCAUGGUGGGACCUAAACAACUCAAACAACUGAUACACUCUAGCAACGAAGUAAUACAGAUGCUAUCCACAUGGUUACUCAGUCAUUUAUGUCUAAAUAGUGAUAAUUGUGCCAAGGUAUUCAAGUCGGAUUUAUUACAGAGUGUUAUGGAGUUGUUAUCAUCAGAGAAUCAGGAUAUUGCUGAGAAGGCAUUAUGGGUGCUGACCAAUCUGUCAUUAUGUCCAGAGCACACCAGUCUACUGGCGGAGCAUGGUGUUGUCGAGACAUUAAUAUCAUUCAUCAAGCGAAACAAUCAUACAUUGAUCAUACUAUCAGCAGUUCCACUGAGGAACCUAUUACACAAGGACACAUGCAAUGACUAUCUUGACCAUCAAAAGGCUGUAUGUCACAGUGGUGCCAUCCAAAACAUAACCUCAAUACUCAGUUGCCAAUACUCUGCUCUCCCAAAAGAGUUGAUACAGUCACUUAUCUCCAUCAUCCAUGUACUCUCAAUAUAUCAUCUUGUACCCAAUCAAACAGCACUCAUUCGGAGGAUUAUAGCUAUUUCUGGAGUUCUUGGACAUUUGACAUCAUUCCUCUCAUCACCUACAACACCUUUGACGAUCAAGGAACAGGUUGUAUCAAUUCUUAUCAACCUAUCUUUGACAGAGGAGACUGAACGACCUAUUUUGGACUCUGGCGCAAUCACACCUUUGAUUGAGUGUGCAGUUUCAAUGAGCUCACCAAUCAGUAUCAAGGCACUGAGUAUCAGUUGUUUGGCCAACUUGUCCUCCAAUCCUGAGAUAAGGACUGUUCUACAUUCCAAACUACUAGUCGAGGGUCUUUGCGAGUUGCUCAAGGAAGAUGAAAUCAGGACCAAUCCUCAGUUCAUCAUUGCCAUCUCAUUAUUGACCGCCAACAUGUGUAUAGAUGGUAUGUUUCCCAUCAACCUCAAUCAAUCAAAUCAGAUGCUGGAAGAUGAGAACACAAGUUUCCGACGUGGCAAGAUCAUCAAGGAGAUUAUCGACACAGAGCAAGCAUUCAUAUAUUCAAUCAAUGUUUGCAUUAGAGUAUAUUAUAAUCCAUUAGUUGUUGCCCCAUCAAGUCCACCAAUAUUACACAAGGAUCUUGUGGAUAAUAUAUUUACAAACAUUGACAAGGUGUUUAGAGUCAACUGUGAAUUCCUAAAGAAGUUGAGAUCAAUACCAGAAGGCGACGUGAUGGAGGUUGCCAGUUCCUUCCAAUGGCUAUGGGAUCAACACGCAACCAUUCCAGAGUAUCGACACUACAUCAAUGGAUUCAAUAGGGCAAUGGACCUGAUACACGAGAACAGGGCAAAGAUUCCAAGAUUCAAAGAGUUCCUUGAUAAAUGUCAAUUCUCUGAUCAAUGCAAGAGCGAGACAUUGGAAUCAUAUUUAAUUAGACCUAUACAGAGAAUACCAAGAUAUAUAUUAUUGUUGACCGACCUUUUAUCACAUACCUCAGAUCCAAUGGAGCGUAGUGCAAUCAAUGAUUCACUGAGGAGGACCAAGACAGUGGUGGACCUACUGAAUGAAUCAAAGAGGAGUGCAGAGAACUUGGCCAAAGCACAUCAACUACAGGAUAAAGUUAUGGGAUUGCAAGAUGGAUUCCAACUACACAAUGGAGCUCGACAGUUACUCCGCGAGGGAUUGAUGAUGGAGUUCAACAAGAACAAAAAGGUGUCACAAUAUCGAUACAUCCUGCUCUUCAACGACUAUCUCUACAUCACCAAACAAAAGAAGAGGAAGUACUAUGUCAAGAAGACCGUUCCACUUCUCGAGGUCAAGGUUGUAGAUGUACCAGACAAUCAAUUAGACAUUGAGAACUCAUUUAGAAUAUUCUGGAGCAAUAGAGAGAUGGAUAGGAAUGAGAAUGGAGCAGUGCUGUGUAGUUCCAAACCAGAGGAGAAGGAGGAGUGGAUAAAGGAAAUAAGGGAAGCCAGCAAUGAGAUGAAGAGAGCAAACCUCCAGAAGAUGUUGCAUCGAUCACAGUCACCAAAGACAACAAGGUCAUCAAAGGGCAAGCUACAU